AACCGUUGACGCUUGCCGAUUGGCUGGGACGGUCUCGACCAAUCCGGACGCGACUCUCAUUAACACUCGGGCCGGGGCGUCGGUGUUGUCACAUCGCCGCCACCGCCACACAGUCAGUCGGCACCGAGCGCGCACGUCGUGGUGUAGUCGUACACGAGUUUAGUAUUAUUUUAGAACAUUAACAUAUAGCGAUCCCCCUCGUAACGGCAAAUUAACUAAAAUAUUAUUUCUUCACUGGCCACUAAAGUUCGAUUUGUGUUCAUCUUUAAAGAAAGUAUAUUCGAUCGUGUUGUGCGCCUUUGAACGUCGUUCCGCGUUUACCGGUGAACAACUUUUACUGUCAUCAUUGUCUGUGAAUGCUCGAGCAGAAGUCUGGUCCACCGUAGUGGCCGGGGCAAACGGUAGCGGCGCAGACGGCGUGGCUGUUAUGCGGUUCGAGCAAGCGGACCUCAGGUGCCGGUCACCCCGUGGGGCGCCGGACACCCCACAAACCGCGGCCGCCAUGACCGGCGGACAGCGUUCGCCGGACACCUCGUUCACGGCCCGGGCGGCAUCGACAGACUUUUCGGUAAGUUCGUUGUUGACCAACAAUAAUAACAGUCCUGUGAUCAAUGGACAACCGUCAGCGUACCCGCCACCACCUCCACCACCACCUGGACUUUCGGCUGCGGCCGCUGCAGCGUACAUGGGCGCCUGUUAUCCGGGUACCAUGAUACCAAUGCCUAAAAUGCAUCACCAUGGAUCCCAUCAUCCUGUCGCUGGCGGAUACCCAACCGAAGAAAUGCUAGCAUUAGCCGCGGCAGUCGCUCACGGAGUCCACCAUCCUCAUCCAGCGGCCGCUCUUCCUAGAUCCGUCAGGCCGGAUGACGACGGCGUGGUUGACGAUCCUAAAGUCACAUUAGAGGGAAAAGAUCUCUGGGAAAAGUUCCAUAAAUUGGGAACCGAAAUGGUCAUCACUAAGUCUGGCAGACGGAUGUUCCCCGCUUACAAAGUCCGAGUUAUGGGACUUGACAAAAAGGCCAAGUACAUUCUACUAAUGGACAUCGUAGCCGCCGAUGACUGUCGCUAUAAGUUCCACAACAGGUACAAAAAUCGAUGGAUGGUAGCUGGUAAAGCUGACCCCGAAAUGCCCAAACGAAUGUACAUUCACCCCGAUUCUCCGUCGACUGGCGAACAGUGGAUGCAAAAGGUCGUUUCGUUUCACAAGUUAAAGCUCACCAACAACAUAUCUGACAAACACGGAUUUGGCCUAAAUCAGUUUUCACUACAGACCAUAAACAGGCCUUACGAUCGUUUCCACAGAUUUCCAGAGACGAUACUGAACUCGAUGCACAAAUACCAGCCACGUUUCCAUCUAGUCAGAGCCAACGACAUCAUCAAGUUGCCGUACUCAACUUUCCGUACUUAUGUGUUCAAGGAGACCGAGUUCAUAGCCGUUACCGCUUACCAAAACGAAAAGAUUACACAGCUGAAAAUCGACAACAAUCCAUUCGCUAAAGGUUUUCGAGACACCGGUGCUGGAAAGAGAGAGAAAAAACAAGCAAUGCUAGCGGCUCAGAGACAUGGCAGUCAAGCGUCGCAAAUGGGCAAUGACGAAAAACACCACAUUCAGACUGGUUCGGAUCACGAAGAUGACAAACCACUGGACGUCGUCGGAGGAGAUCCGGACUCGCCACUUUCUUCGCAUCAUAAUAAUCACCAUCAACUACACCAACCGGGUUCUUGGUUCUCGGGUCUAGCUGACGGUAGCUUGCUUCUUGAAGACGCUAUGAGAAGGCGACUGGCAGGCCAUCCCGCUCUUCACCACGCGGCUUUCCUUCAACAUCAUCAACAAGCUGCUCAUCAUGAAAUCGAUAGUGAACAAGAAAGUAGUUGUUCCGAAUCUGGUCGAGAACGAAUGAACUCUCCAUCGGAAAAAGAUUCGGCUGGACCGUCUGGACCUGCACACAGCCCUAGUGACUAUCCUUCGCCUAACGUGUCAUUUGGACCCCCUAUUCCACCGUCCCCUCACCUACUGCCGUACCUCUACCCCGGCAUGUAUCCGGGUGCUACCGGACUGGGUGGCCCCCUAUGCCCGUCCGCCCUCAGUCCCACUACCAAUCUGCUGUUCAACGCACAAUUGGCCCUGGCCGCCCACCAUCCCGGAUCGCUAUUCACCCAGGCGUAUUUGCAGGGUGCUGCCGGCUCACAUCCGUUCAAAAUGACCGGCGGCUUGUCCAAUCUAAGUCGGUUUCAUCCGUACCACUUGGGAUUGCACCACAACCCAUCGUCGGUCGGUUCAGCUUUCGAGACCGUCACGCCGGGCCGUUGCUCGUCUGCCGGCAGCACUCCGCCACCCGCACCACUUGAUCUACAGUCGCCUACUAACGGCCGACAUAAGUCGCCGACACCCGAACGUAAACCCCAAACCGGAAAUCCCACACCCUCGAGCGAUCUUAAGUCUAUAGAAAAAAUGGUCAACGGAUUAGACUCAUCCGAAGAACAGCCAACAGCGGUUAAGUAAAAAAUCGAUUUAAUAAUAUAAUUAUUAUGUAAUCUUAUA